AAAGAAUCAUCAAAUCCCUAAAACUCUCUAUUUUUUUCCUAAUAAAUUUUCAUUCUUUACAUCAAAUUAAAGUAGCUUUAUUCAUCCAUCUCUCUCUAAUUUCUUCUAAUUCUUUUAUCAAUUAUUGUUUGGUGCCUCGCCAAUAAGUUGGAUUGGCGAGAUUUUGAUCAAAGCUUUGAACUUUUCCGUUUCUUGAUUCCAUUAAAGUAUCGAUCUUUUUAGGGAUUUGCAUUUAUUGCGUUGAUUUUUAUCAAAGAUAUGGAAAACCAGGCAGAAGAAUCUACUCCCACUGGACGACCCUCUGCAAAAGUGGUGGCGCAAGCCUUUGUGGAGCACUACUACAAUAUGCUCUCUAAAUCUCCAGAGAGUGUUCAUAGAUUUUACCAGAAUUCAAGUACAAUUAGCAGGCUAGGACCUGAUGGUGUUAUGCAAGACGUGACAACUUUAGACGGCAUUGAUAAAAUGAUCCUUUCUGUUGAUUAUAAAAGUUAUGUGGUUGAGAUUUUGACGCUUGAUGCUCAACUGUCUUUUGGGGAUGGAGUUAUUGUUAUGGUGACUGGAUUCUUCACCGAAAAGGACAACAUCCCUAGAAAAUUCUCACAAGUAUUCUUUUUGGAACCACAAGCGCAAGGCCAUUCAUACUUUGUAUUGAAUGACCUCUUUAGGUAUGUUGGUGUAGAGGAAGCAGCAUCCACCAAAACUUAUGAUGCUGAUGACGCAGCGAUAACUGCUCCUGUGACACCUGAUCCUGAGCCAACUCUGGUUUCGGAUCACACUGUGCCUGAUACGACAACCACCCCUUUGGAGGAGGAAACUGUUCAAGCUAAGGAGUCCAUUUAUCCUUUGGAAAAUGGAAAUAUUUCUACUCUUGAUGAAGAAGCUGUUUCUAGUCAUUCUGUUGGUACAGAUGGUGACCAAGUUCCAGUUGAUAUUCAAGAAAGCGAUGAUCUCCCAGUUUCUGAUGUGGCUGCUUCUACUGUCCAGGAGGACACUCCUAAGAAGUCUUACGCAUCAGUAGCAAAUGCUUUGAAUUAUAAAAAGCAGCCAUUCCAACAAAGGGCUUUACCUACCAAACCUGUCAAACGGUAUCAAGCACCUGCAGUUGCACCUGUGGCACCUGAAGUUUCAGCUCCCCCAGCUACUGACAAACUUGUGGAGAAGAGCAACAAUAUAGUUAAGGGCCACUCCAUAUUUGUUGCCAAUUUGCCCAUGAGUGCAACUGUACAACAGCUGAAAGAGACCUUUGAGAAAUUUGGGCCUAUUAAACCUAAUGGCGUUCAAGUCAGAAGUUAUAAGAUAGAAAAGAACUGUUUCGGCUUUGUGGAAUUUGAAUCUGCAAACUCUAUGCAGAGUGCCCUUGAGGUUUCUUCUAUUGAUAUUGGUGGAAGACUAGCUCAUAUAGAGGAAAAGAAAGCUAAUAACGAGGGCGGUAAAUUUCCACCUAGAAAGACUGGUUUCCGCGGGGACAAUUUUAGGAAUCGUGGAAACGGCGGAGGCCGUGGGGGCCAUGGAAGAAAUGAGUUUGACAAUCAGGGUGGGUUAUCGGGUCAAUCUCGUGGUACUCCCAGACGCAAUGGAGAAGCUAACCAGAAAGUGUAUCAGAAUGGAGGCGGAAGAGCUUCCCGACAAGGACAAGGCGAAGGUCAAGCCCAAGUGGAAGGUGGGAAGAACUAGGCUGCUGCUUUGUGGUAGAAUUUUGUUUACUAAUAUCCAAGUUCUCAGAUAGAAUAGUAUUUUUAGUCAAUCAGAUUGCGGCUUUUACUACUUCUUAAGUUCUCUUAAUAGAGUCAUUUUUAAGAGAUUGGCACUGGAACUAAAAUUAUAACAAACAUUUUAUGCAAGCCUUUUCUAUAUAAAAAACAAUUUUUUAAA